AUGGUGACUCUACUCCUGUUAUGUGUUUUAACUUUAUCCAGCGCCGCUCAGAGGGUUCAUAAUAAUGUUGCAACUAUAAAGCGUCGUCUUGGAAAGCUCUUAAUUCAGUCAAUUUCAAAUGAGAGCUGUUACCAUGCUACAAAAGACCUACUCCGUCUUGUUUCCAAUCGUCAAAUACAAAUUAAAGCAUUCGGUUCAGUUACCAUAGAUAUGAGCUUACCUCCAACCUGUAUUAUUAUGUUUACUUCGUACACUGUUAUCGCUUUACAAUUCAAUAACGUACUAUAA